UGGUAGGAUAUAUCUCAUGUGUCCCUAAAACCCAGCACAGAGCGCCACAAAGCAGAGAGAGACAGAGAAGAGAGAGAGACACCAGUCCGCUCUCUCUAAUUUCUACAGUCUGCAACGAAGGAGACAUAGACACUGAGAGAGAGAGCAAUCUUCCUGAUCUUUUGGCAAGUUGGAUUCAGGAUAGUGUUUUCUUUUGCAAAUCGGAGUCAGAGCAGUUGUUUAGAGAUGAAUGGGAGCAGACAAAUGGAGGUGCAUUACAUAGACAAUGGCUGUCCUUACAUCGUAACUGAAAGCUUUGUGGACUUCUUUGAAGAUUUAACACAUUUGCCACCGUACUAUUCUCCCACUGGGCCAAUAGUUGAUCAGGAAAAUGGAUACUGGUCAACAAAUGUGAAUGCAUACAAGUUUGAACUUUCUGGCCCUGAGAGUACUUUGUACCAUGGUUAUUAUGACGCUAAUGAUCAUUCAAUGAGAAUGGAUGUCAGCACUCAGGCCUGGGGAUACCCUUCAGUAAUGAAUACAGAAGAGUCAACAACUACAGACAUGCAAUCUGAAGAUGCAGAUAUGGGCAUGCAUGCGAUCCCGGAAGAACGCAUUGCUGAUACUCCGAGUACUAAUCCUUCUCAGGUUGUGUUGCAAGAUUAUUUUGAUCCAGGCGACAUGACCUAUGAGGUUUGCUUUCAUGAACUACUCGAGUUAGGUGAAGCAGUUGGAGCUCAAAGUCGGGGUCUUUCCCAGGAGCUUAUUGAUUUGCUUCCAACCUCGAAAUGCAAGCUCACAAAUAUAUUUUCUAGGAAAAGAUCUGGAGAGAGAUGUGUGAUUUGCCAGACGAAGUAUAAGAGAGGGGAGAGGCAAAUGAAACUGCCUUGCAAGCACAUUUAUCAUUCCAAAUGUAUAACCAAAUGGCUUAGCAUCAACAAGAUAUGCCCCAUUUGCAAUGCUGAGGUUUUUGGCGAGGAAUCAAGGCAUUUAGAGAUCAAAAUUACCUGAACUAUUCUCCUUAAGGAAUCAAUGUUGUUGGUUGAAGGUAAGUGCUCAUGAAAAAAGUAGUGAACCUGAGACUUCUUUAGGUAGUCAUGUCCUCUCUUGCAAUUUCAUCGAUUAGAUUAGUAGUAAGCAAAGCUUGAAUGGCCAAACUUUUUUUUUUUUUUUUGAAAUACCGCUGAGAAAUAUAUUUCUCAUUGGAAUCGAACUUUGAGCACACA